GCCGACCCCAAUCCAAUCCUCCAGCUCCGCACCGCACAGACCCGCACUCUCUCUCUAUUUCUCUGUCUUUCUCUCCCAUCAAUCUCAAUUCUCUCUCUCUCUUCGCCCAUCCGGGCCAACGAACCCUAGCGCGGCGGCAGGGGCGAUGGCGUCGGCCCCGCCCGACGACGACGCGGUGGCCAAGAACGGCCACGAGCACCACGGCAACGGAAACGGCCCAUCCCCGGCGAAGCGCCCGCGCUCGGUGAUCUCGGUGGCCGAGAUCCGCGCGGAGUUCGCGCACCACGACGCCGCCAUCGCGCGCGUCAACAACGGCAGCUUCGGCUGCUGCCCGGCCUCCGUGCUCGCCGCGCAGGCCCGCUGGCAGAGCCUCUUCCUCGCCCAACCCGACGCCUUCUACUUCCACGGCCUCCAGCAGGGGCUCCUCCGCUCGCGCGCCGCCGUGGCCGACGCCGUCGGCGCUGGGGACGUCUCGGAGGUCUCGCUCGUCGACAACGCCACCACCGCCGCCGCCAUCGUUCUGCAGCACGCCGCGUGGAGCUUCGCCGAGGGCCACUUCGCGCGCGGGGACGCGGUGCUCAUGCUCCACUACGCCUAUGGCGCCGUCAAGAAGUCCAUCCACGCCUACGUAGCGCGGGCGGGGGCCACCGUUGUCGAGGUGCCCCUUCCGUUCCCCGUCGCCUCUGCCAACGCUAUUAUUGCUGAGUUCCGUGCUGCGCUCGCGGUUGCUAAGGCUGGGGGCCGUAGGGUCCGGCUCGCGGUUAUCGACCACAUCACCUCCAUGCCCAGUGUUGUCAUCCCGGUGAAGGAGCUCGUUGCCAUCUGCCGAGAAGAGGGCGUGGACAAGGUGUUUGUUGACGCUGCGCACUCCAUCGGGCAAGUCCCUGUGGACGUGCGUGACAUUGGGGCCGAUUUCUACGCAAGCAACCUCCACAAGUGGUUCUUUUGCCCACCGGCUGUGGCGUUCUUGCACACCCGCAAGGAUGAUCCGAUAGCGUCCCAGCUCCACCACCCUGUCGUCUCGCAUGAGUAUGGCAAUGGGCUGCCUAUGGAGAGUGGAUGGAUCGGGACACGGGAUUACAGUGCCCACCUUGUUGUGUCUGAGGCUAUUGACUUUAUUAACCGAUUUGAGGGUGGGAUUGAGGGAAUACGCAGCCGAAACCAUGAGAAAGUGAUUGAGAUGGGUAGGAUGCUUGCUGAGGCUUGGGGAACGUUUCUUGGCUCACCACCAGAACUGUGCGGAAGCAUGGUUAUGGUGGGAUUGCCAGGCUGCUUUGGUGUCGAGAGUGAUGAUGAUGAGAUGAGAGUGAGGACUAUUUUGAGGAAGGAUUUUGCGGUGGAGGUUCCAAUAUACUACAAUUCAAGAAGGGAAGAAGGGCAGAAGAUGGCAAAGGAUAAGAAUGGUGAUCCAGUGACAGGGUAUGUGAGGAUCUCACACCAGAUUUACAAUGUCAGGGAGGACUACGAGAGGCUGAGAGAUGCUGUCCUUAAGCUUGUUUCUGAGGGGUUCACCAGCAGCAAAUUGCGGCCUUCUGAGAAGCAAGAAGCUUUGGUGUGAUGACAUUACAGCCAGCCGACACUCCACUGUGGCCAACUACUUAGAGCGGGAAGUCCCUGGCCUCCGUUGUACUGUAUCUUCAUCCCUGAGAGCGUAUGCAGAGAUGUGAAAUUUUUUCAAGCGUUGCUGUCGUGGAGAGUUGAGUCCACUAUUCUCGCGGUUGGUGUUCUCUAAAAGAAAGGAGCUCGCUGUUGGUGUUCUCUAAAAGGAGCUCGCUGUUGGUGGUGUUUGGACUGGGCCGCGGUCUGCUGCUGGCGCCGGCUGCGGCAAGUUGCUCUCCGGCAAUCAGGCGGCAAAUGGCGGCGGAAGAGAAGAACCCAUCCGGCCAGCCGGUUUCAUCCUCUUCUAUUUCAGCCAACCAAAAGAAAGCUUCAGACUAGUGAGAAACAUGCGUACAUAUUUGUAGAGAGAUAAGGGCUCACACAUUUUUUUUGUUUGCAUAUGCGUACACGAAUAGUGAACGCAAUAGCUCUGGGGCACAAGACAUGCGCACCUUGUGAGGCUUCAUGUCUCCUCAGUCCUGAUACCUGAUAUGUAGGUUGUGGUUUUUAUUGGUUUUUCAUCCGUCUCA